AUGAGUCAACUAGAAUAAAUACAGGACGAACACUACAUUCUCAGAGGCAACAUGGAGGGUCGACUACUUGUUUGGCCUCGUAUGGCAAUCAUUAUGAUACUAUGCUGCAUUCAUGGUAUCAUGGGAGAUAUCAAGGAUGGUGUCGUCUACACAGAUCUCCUCAAAACCGUACCAAGAGGAAGCACUGCCGUCUUGGACUGUAGGUUCUACAGAGCACCUUUAGCAGUUUACUGGAAGAAAGGACACGACCCAGAGCAAGCAACAUCACUGGUCACAUGGAUGGACGAUAAGAUAUGGCCGGGUCUUUGUGCUGAUGAUAAUUCAUGUGAGAUAGCGAAUAACUAUUCCCUGAUCAUCAAAGAAGCCCAGAUAAAAGAUGAGGGUCGCUACAUAUGUCGAGUUUCAAACUACCGCGGGAUUCUUAUCCACAAUUUUACUGACUUGAGUGUAGUAGAGCCACCUACAGAACCUUACCCGGCCAUUAAGGAGUGCAAUGACUCGUCUUCGAUUGUUCAAGACUUCGGUUGUUCCAUUACCACACUUACCAAUGUAAACCCCCGUGUAAACCUCAACUGCUAUGCUUCUGGUUUUUACCCCAAACUGAGCCUGUUCUUUUUGCACGGGACUGAGAAAAUUGCUUCAUCCGAGACGAAAGAAUGGAUCAAUGACGAUGAAACCAGAAGCAAGUCAGUUUCCAUAAGUGCAGUUCCAAGUAAAAUGCCAUACGUGUGUGUCGCAUCAGACAUACCUGGACAACACAAGGAACGUGCGGUGACAGCAUUUGUUCGGCUUCCGGAAGAACAAACUUCGGCUCCCGAAGAAUCAACAACCAUGACAACAAUGCCACCAAAGGGAACAAACCUCCUCAUGGUUAUUGUAAUACCUUUAGCGAGUUUAGGAGUCGUGACAGUAAUUGGUGCCUCCAUAUUCAUGAUCUGGUUACGAAGGCAUCGUAGAAAAGUUAGUAAAGGGUCUGGUAACGAUGACAUAGAGGAAGGUUACCCUCUUAUGGAAACUAAGGAAAUUAAAGGAAAACUGUCUUUUUACGAGCUCUGGAUGAUGGUGUCUAAAGUAACCAUGUCUGAUAUGGGGAAAUUGAAUGAUACCUUUGAACAGCUAGGUAUCGGGAAACUGAUACAUGGGUUCACACUCCCGCAUGCUUACAAACAUUUGUGUCAGUGGAAAGCGGGCAAGGCACACGACGAUGAAUACGACCUAGCGCAGGAAUUGAGAACAGCUUUAGAAAAAGCUAAAUACCCUGACGCGUGGAAAGAAAUUUAUGAUGUACGGACAAAGUCGACGGUCAUGGUUUCCGAAAGAAUGCUCGAGCACAUUUUGUGGCACAUUGGCGAACAAGUGAAAAUCAAUACCUUUCUCUCGGAGAUCACACAUUAUCGCCAUCCAACGGACACUGAGGACACUGAAAGGAUAUCGGAGCUGAUACCGAAAAAAUUGGAAGAAUUGAAGAAGUGGGCCAGUACACGUUUUGAUGAAAACCCAGUUUCAUUGCUGAGUUUAGCUCUCGAAAAAGCAGAAUGCACGCCAGUCGACAGAACUUUCUUUUGUGUACCUGAUCAACCCAUAUCAAAUCAGGAGUUACAAUACUUCACCUCGAAGCUGACUGGUAGGCAUUGUCACAUUUUGGCAAGUGCCCUUGAACUGACCACUGGGAAGAUCGCCACCAUCAGCGAUGAAAACAAUGAACACGUAUUUCAAACUCAGUCGAUGAUCGGCGAUUGGCUUAGCCAUGAGGAAAAUGAGCAAGAGAGGAGUGAAGAAGAUAUAACCGAAGAAAAGCGUAGUCUGGAAAUUAGCCAUGCUAUUAGCAGGAGAUAUGAAGUAGAUCACGCAGCAAUUAGUAUCGGACGCUCUGAUCUAAAAGGUUAUUUGGUCGGAUAUAGCAGUUAUUUAAUACUGGAACGCGAGAAAGACAUUAAACAGGCACAUAAUACUAAACAUGCUGAAGAGGUCUUUCCCGCGAACAAUGUGAGUGAUGGCGAAAUACAAAGUAUCACAAGGUUUCUUGAACCAGACGAACGAACUACGUUAUUCGGUGAUCUUGAAGGAGAAGACUACUGCUUCACUGCAAUCAAAACUUGGAUGAAGAAGGAACAAGCGGCAGAUCAAAAGGCAAACUGUCGAGAAAAACUUUUGGCAAAGUUGAAACCCAUUGGAAAGGAAGGUCUAGUCCCAUUGGAAAACAAGGAAGAUUUAUAUCUCGUUGAACUGGCUGAUAUAGCAUUUCGUCUCUUGAUGACAGACGUGUAUCCAUUAGCUAUGGCCCUCGGCAUAUCCGAAGAUAAACUAAGAUCAUACAGAAGACUAUAUCUGACUCCUUCUAACAUGUCCAGAGGAACAAUAGGAGUCAUGAAAAAUAUUUGUAGAAACGACGAGACGACCAGAAGCAUGAGACGUCAACUGUGUGAUAUUCUCAAACACGGGUUUCCAGAAAUAAGUCUUCUGCUGAAUUACGGAUAUGAAUUGUCCCAGGCUGAUUUGUAUGACGUCAGCUUUGGAGAAGGGUCCAAGGAGGCGAACCGCAUCAAAAUUCGUGAGAAUUUGGGAAUAAUCAGCACAGUAACAAACACCAUGGACAUGCUGAAGUAUUGGAGAUCCUUAGUGAAAUGUCCAACAUACAAUUGGAGAAAAGCCCUGGCUGAGGCGGUUUAUCCUGUUCUAGAGAAAGAAGUGGCGCUUGGCAUUCUUACAGGUGACAUUCGUCGCAGUGGAAAGCAGGGUGGAAAUGUCAGCAAAUAUCUUCAAGACACUUUCAUACAUCUACAAGCACUAAACUUCGCCAACAUUGUUGACGUUGAGAACAUCUCUUCGGACAAACCGACUGUCGAGGAUGUCCUCAACGUCUUAAAUGAAUCACUGAAAAGCCAACCACCAAAUGAGGAACAGCGUCUACUCUUGCGCAAACGCCUCGAUGAUGAAGGAUUCCGGAACUUUUCGGCUAAAUUGACCCAGUUCGAUGAACAUGCAUACUCUGAAAACAAGGGUAUUCCUAAGGAAAUUGAAAUAGCAAUAAAGAUAGAUGUUGCCACUAAGUUAUCUGGAAUCCUAGAAGUUGCUGUCAAACUCUCUGAAGGAACAUCAUAUCUCAAGCAAGUCUUGGAAGAGUGGGUUGGCACACUUGGCCGUAAGCCGUUACAGUCGCAGAACCGCAUUCAUCUCAGUGAUCGACUUUUGAAAGAAGGUUUCGUUGAUUUCUCACUUGAAGUCAUGUUAGGUACCGUCAUGAAGGGUCUCGAAGCAAGGAAGCCUUUCAAUGUUACACAAACCAUCACAAAACCUUCACAAUCUUCCUCUCAUAAUGCCAGUCAAAAUCCGUCACAAAUGAAAACAUUUGUUUAUUACAAGCAAUGAAGCUGAGAGACCCCAGGUCAAAUUGAUCAUUCAUGGAAUUCUACAUGAAAUUACUCAAUUUUAGAUAAUAUAUAGAUCUAAGCCCUUAAGGUAUAUAUGUAACUAAUGUAAGGGUACCGGUAAUUUGAGGGUGCUGAUUCAUUCGUGGCAACGUGAACGCUAGCGUACGGUCGACCACACAUGAGUGAAUUAAUUUUGUAAUGAUGAAGUCCACGCGUAUGCGUACUCGUAUUCCGAAGACGCAAGUCAUGAAUAUUCAUAUUUUGUUGUCACAAAGAUCGCUGUCACAAAGAUCAUCAUCUUCAAAAUCAUCAGUAUUACAACCCUUACAUUAGUUACAUAUAUACCUUAAGGGCUUAGAACUACAUGUAUAUAUUAUCUAAAAUUGAGUUCGUAUCACUAGCAAUCAAGCGAUCGAAGGUGAAAAAGAUACAGAGGAUGAAAACUGCGGUGGGAAAAAUAAUUUCGCGCCCCGGGAGCCCAGCCCGACCGGCAAGAUCCGAAUGGAUCAAACUAACGUUACAUCCUGCCCAGAGCCAGGUCAAACAUCGUUCGUAUCACUAGCAAUCAAGCGAUCGAAGGUGAAAAAGAUACAGAGGAUGAUUUUGAAGAUGAUGAUCUUUGUGACAGCGAUCUUUGUCCUUGCCAAAAAUAUUUCACUUUGUGCUCUUGCAUUUCAUUCUCUGCAAAAGUGAAGCAGUGCAAACUUUGAUGAUUUUUGUAUAGGUCUAGAUCUAGAUUUCUUAAUUGAAUCUAUGAAUAAUGUGACUUACUUCACCUUAUAUUCAAACGCCUUGUAAAUGUGGUGGUUUCUAUUUUCAUAACUCAAAAAUGACAGAUAAACUGAUUUAACAGGACUUUGUAAUAUAAUUUAGAUGUUCCUAUGAGCUUUAAAAUGCUAGUCUCUGGAAACAAUAUUUACGAAUCUAUUUUUAUGCUCUUUUUCAAAAUCAUAAAAUUGCUAGGGUAGCCUAACAAUAUAAACAAUGUUGUUAACAGAUGAGAACAUGUAUAUGCGCAUCCCCUCAGUAUUACAAUUAUACAUUGUCAAAUACUUCUUUUUCGAUGCAAUUUUGCUUAUAUAUAUGUUUAUCAUACACAUAACUAGAAACGAGUUUGACAAUCUUAAUUUUUUUUAUUCCAAGUUUUGAUCUUGACCUACAUGUAUAUGAAAUCGAAACAAUAGUGUUGUUUCGCUUUUUUUUUUUUUCAAUUUUCGUGAAGUAAAUCAUUUAAUGUUGGAAGCUUAGACCCCCCAAAAUUAAAAGAAUGCAAUAUGGCAAUAUCUUUCUUAACAAUAUUAAAAGAUAGUCGUAUUAUAAUGUUUAUGAAUAUCAUUACAGUUGGAAGAAAAUUUGAACUAAUCAAAGUAAACAAAAUUUGUCUCGCUCUUCAG